UAAACAAUAUGCUUGAGAGGCACCGACGAGGAGCUUUCACGCACGCGCGCGCACACACUCAUGCGUGAGUGAGACGGGCCAGUGAAUAAACUCUCAGCUCUUCUCCGUGCGCGGGCCGCCGAACGCAACCCGGCUCACAAACAUGAACAAACUUGCGAAGGCUCUGUAUGACAACACCGCGGAGUGUGCGGAUGAGCUGGCUUUCAGAAAAGGGGACAUCGUCACAGUGAUGGAUCAAAACGUGGCCGGCACCAGCGGAUGGUGGAUGUGUUUUCUCUAUGGACGCCAUGGUCUGGCCCCGGCAAACCGACUGCAGCUUUUACCACAAACUACAACCACUGCGGGCUCAUUGCGCCAUGACGUAGAAAAACCCAAAUCAACGGAUGCUGCAACUGAUGACAACACGCAAAAUAUAUACCAGAUCCCAAGUGUACCCCGAUCCUGCAGCAGCCCAGCUUAUGAACGCAUGGAUAUGAUCUACAAGGUCCCGAGCACUCCUUUAACACCUUCAAAAGUGGCGGUCCCGGCAGCACAUAGGCACAGCACAGACGGACUGGAGGGAUUCAAGCCUUCCUUCUUCAGCAUGGCGUCCCGUCCAUCUGGGGAGGUUUAUGAUGUCCCGAGCCAGGCGAGACGAGCUUCCCUUUUCACUAUGUCAACAACUCAAAAACAUGUGCCACAGUGCAGCAGUCCAGGGGACUCUUACGUGUAUGCCGUUCCACCGUCUUUGCCUCAAGACCCAAACUAUGACAUCCCUGUUCCCUCGGCCACAGAAGCCCAACAGAAAAUGACGGGUGGAUACAACACCCUUCCCAGCCCGUGCAAGCCUGAGUGGAUCUAUGAUGUGCCAGUGGGUCCUGAAAAGCAAAGUCCACCCCAAGGCCACUAUGACCCCUCCAAAUCCAUUUGCGGGCAACUCUAUGACACUUUUCCAGCACGUGCUUGGCCCAUUCAAAGAGGCAGUCCAUCUCCCUCUCUCUAUGAUAUACCAAACCCCAACUCGCCUGGCAUCUCGAGUCCACCCAAAGUGCUGCCAAGGGUCCCGAUUUACGACAAGCUCCCAACUCAGAGGCUUACAGAGGAGUUGGUAUAUGCGGUUCCACCCCAGGAGGAUCCCCUCAGUCGAGUUAUCAGUGAUCCCCCCGGUGAUCAUAUACCCCUAGAGUGCAGGGGUGACUCAAGCAAUGCACAUGAACUUGCAAGGGUGCGUCUGCAGCGAAUGAGGAACUUCCUGACCUGCGCGACACUCCGUGAACUUCCUGUAAACGGGGAGUCGCUCGCGCAGGAGGACAACGAGCGAGGUAGAACCCUGCGUCUCUCUGCAGCCGACAGUCAACGGAUCAGCACCGCCUCAAGCUCCUCCAGUAGCUCCUCCAGCAGCUCCUGCGACUCUCUGGCCCUGAGCUCGUCCUCUCCCGAGCCGCUGCGAGAGGUGACGCUCAGCCAGGACGAGGCCUGCUGCAGACUUCUGGACCUGCGGGACUCCGUUUGCAGCGCCGUCCCCCGUCUCAUGGAGUUUGUCAGCAGUCACUGGAGGAGCAGAGAACAUCUGGAGAAACACCUGACGGAGAUCAAAGAAGCAGCGGAGGGGAUCGCUUGUCGUCUGACGUGCUUUCUGAGCUUCGCGCUGGACGUUAAGGGCAACGCUCGUCAUUUGACCGAUGCCAACCUUCAGUCGAGGCUCUUUAAACAGCUGUCCAUCGUAGAAGACUCGGGUGUGAUCCUACAACAAACAGUGAGUGCUCUGAACAUGGCUAGGUGGCCCCUCAACACACUCUGCCAGGACUCUGGGCAUGUCCAGACCCCGGACCAACUGGACCGCUUCGUCAUGGUGGCGCGGACCGUUCCGGAGGACGUCAAGCGCCUGGUGUCCAUCAUCAAUGCCAAUGGCAAGCUUCUGUUCAGAGCCCCACAGAAAGCUCCGGAGCCCCUCAACACCAUCGGUCAGCCAGAGACGAAGAAAGGUCCCGAUGGACGCGAACAAGGAGGGAACUUAGUGGAGGAUGAUAACGACUACGUAGAGCUACAGACGAAGAAUGACUUUGAAAAACAGCAGAAGGAAGUGAAGAAGGAAUUAAAAGAAAACGUCACACCAGUCUCUAUCAAGACACAGGCUGAUGACAAGUGUCACUCCUCCGAGUCCGGCAGCGGCCCAGAGGAGCAGCGACCGGCCUCCAUGUCGGAGCACUGCCGGCUUUACUUUGGCGCUCUCCAGAAGGCCAUCAAUGGAUUUGUGGGCAGCCUUCGGGACGGCCAGCCGCCGGAGAAGUUCAUCUCGCAAAGUAAGCUGGUGAUCAUGGUGGGCCAGAGGCUGGUGAACACCCUGUACAGGGAGGCCCAGCGGGGAGAGUCCUCCCAGAGCCUCCUGUGCAAGAGCAACCACCUGUGUGCUCUCCUGAAGCAGCUGGCCGUGGCCACCAAGAAGGCGGCGCUGCACUACCCGGACAAGCAAUCUCUGCACGAGGCUCAAGAGUUUGCAAAGGAACUGGCCCAAAGAGCACAGCACUUUCGGAUAUCGCUUGACCUGUGAGCACGCACCUUUCAAGCACGUUGAUUCAUUUGUACGGCAAAAGACAUCGGUUUACUCAUCAUCAGUUUCCUUUUGCAUUCAUGCCAUAUUGAACUAUGUUCAAGCUUUAACAGUGAAAACAUGACUUAUGCUGAAUGUUUGUUCUCAUAAUGAAUUGAGGUACUGGUUAAAAUGUUUAUAUUGUUUGAAAAUGUUGCUGGGGCGAGCAGAACAAUUGAAAUAUGGAGCUGUAUUUUGUACCAGUAUUGAAGACUUCACCACAGUGAAGGUCCAACAUUAAUUGCACAUUUAGGAUCCUGUACACAAGCCCAUUUUUAAAUGCAAUCAAAAUAUGUAAAGUAUAACAUCAUUUGUUUGAUAUGAUUUUCAACAUUUUUGUAUUUUCUGAAUAUUAUUUGCUUUAUGUAUUCUAUUACGUUAUUAUGUAAGAGGUAUAAUCUCCAGAGUAGUAGUUUGAUACUACUUUUCAUGAAUAUCGAUGUAAAUAUUCUUUAAAAAAAAUGUGUUAUGCAUUCCCAAACACAUGGUGGAUUUGUAUUGAUAUUAAAGUUAAAAACUGAAA